CACAGACCCGCGCUGAUUCGCUUCACAUACCCGCAUGUUCUUUCCAACUUUCUUCAAACCAUGUCCGACACUGCAGUUACUAGAGAAGAUAUUCCGUUGAAAAAAGGUAAAACCAACAGGAAGUGGUAUACCUGUGGCGACGAGGAUUGUAUCAGCGGAUCAAAAUAUGUAAAUAUUGCGUUCGGGACUCUUACAGUCAUUAUCACGUUAGCUUUAAUUAUUCAAAUUAAUUACGGCGAUUACCAGCGAAGGUCAGAUACUGAUUUACAAUCACAGAAAGAAAAAUCCGCCGGUAGUAAUAAAUUUCUCGCAUAAAUUGCUUCAAUCCAAUGAGCUGCCAACGAGUGUUUUGGGCUUAGCUUAUGUACAUAGAAAAUUUGGAAAGCUGCCGUGGAAAAACCUGGUACUUCCUGCAGCCCACUUAGCCAGGCAAGGCAUCAAAGUAUCUAUACAGUUGGCUCAAGCAGUGGCUAAUUUUAAAAAGGAAAAAAUCUUUGGUCCUCUAGAAACCGGUCAAUAUCUGCUACAGAAUACACUAGCGACUACUCUUGAACGUAUAGCAAACAUAUCAGAAGCAGAACUGCAUUCACAUUUGAGCAAAUUUAACGAAACUGCACUCACGGAGACAGUAAAAGUAACAAAAUUUAAGAACUUCGAAAUAUACGUCCCACAGAAUGACGAAUCGGUCGGCCAAUUUCUUGUGGACGCUCUUAACGAAUUGGAGAAGAUGAAUUUAAACGAUGCUGUCUUUGCGGAUCCCAGUUACGCCCACGAGCUGGUCGACGUUGUUCAGUACUACCAAAACGAAAAUACCACGUACAACUUAUUUCACGAAGGAACUAUUUCGGACGUUGCUGUUAUGGAUACAGAAGAUUAUUAUGUCUCAUUAGUAACGGGUAUGUACCAAUUUUUCGGUUCAGGCGAACGAUCCCCGGAUGGCUAUCUGCGAGACAAAAAAGGCCAAGGAACUAUGAACAGCAAUAUGCCGGUUUUAAUUUUAGACGGUUGGUAUAUUUGCGGAAGAAGGUACGUUUUUUCAGCGAACAAUUUAGGAAGCGCCCUGCAGAUAAUCAGCAAUUUAUUGUUGCACAAAGAAAAUGUUACAGAUGCUAUUGAGGCUCCACGGCUGUACAUUGGAAACUGGACGGUAGGCUUUGAAGCUUCACAUCGGCCUUCCUUUCCGAAAGAAAUAACUGAGCAUUCUCCUUGGAAGUUCAACUUAAUACCGGAACCUUACCAAAGCAUCAACAUUGUUUUUAAAAACAAGGACGAACUGAGUUCUCAUUCCGAUAGUAGAGGAGGGGGAAUAGCGAGCAGAUUUUAAUAAACAUACACAAUUUUAUGCAUUCUUAUUAAGUUCUUUGUCUAUGUACUUUCUCCUGUAAAUCGAGCAUUUCAGAAUAUCUAUACAGUGCCAGUAAUGCUUAUUUUAGAAGAAAAAUCAGUAAAUAAUAGCUUUGAGUACGUAAUAGCGAUAUCAUAUAACAAACUCUUCCGUCCGCUACUGAAAAUAGACUUACUUUAUUAAUUUAAAACUAUGUCCUGAUUUUCUUAUUGAAAUUUUAUAUUUUAUGGCGCUAGUAAUUAAAGAUUUUUAUUAUUAUAACAAAUGUAGAUAUUGUUAACGGCUGUGACUGACAUUUCUAUUUUUAAUAUUUAUUAAUGUUAUUGUAUUUUUAUAUAAAUGUUUUUUAAAUAAAAUAUUUGCAAUAAA